AGAAUUGCGAUAUGCGUUGAUACAUAUGCGUUAAGUGACUAUUGUCACGUUGCGUGCUGCUCAAAGAAAGUAACGGUAUACUUCUAGAGCUUUCACGUCGUACGCCAUCGAAUUUGUGAUUCUGGAUCUACAGUUUUACAGGAGAGGCUCGUCGCUACAUACAAAGACGAGUUAUUGUACUCAGUUCACAUUAUGGGGUUCGAUGUGAACCGCUUUCAAGGAGAAGUUGAUGAAGAAUUAGUUUGUCCAAUAUGUUCUGGAGUCCUUGAGGAUCCUGUGCAGGCACCUGUAUGUGAACAUGCCUUUUGUCGUACAUGUAUUAAUGAAUGGAUAAAUAGACAACCUACCUGUCCACUGGAUCGUACACCAAUUACAUCUGCUCAGCUUAGAGCAGUUCCAAGAAUACUUCGAAAUCUAUUGGCCCGCCUUUGUAUUAGUUGUGAUAACAUCAUGUAUGGAUGUCAAGUCAUAGUUAAGCUUGACAGUUUAGUGUCACAUUUGGAGCAAUGUGAAUAUAAUCCUAAGAGACCAAUGCUUUGUGAACAAGGAUGUAGUCUUAUUAUUCCAAAUGAAUUAAAAGAUCAUAAUUGUGUGAGAGAACUUAGAAACAUUAUACAUUCCCAACAACAAAAACUUGCUGAUAUGAAACGUGAAUUAGGUGAACAACAACUUCAAAUAAAUGAACAUAAGAGAGAAAUACAUCUUUUAAAAGACUUUAUGAGAGCAUUGAGAGUUUCAAACCCUGCAAUGCGUGCAAUUGCUGAUCAGAUGGAGAGAGACGAAGUUGUAAGAUGGUCUGCUACUCUUCCUAGAGCAAGAGUAACAAGAUGGGGAGGAAUGAUUUCCACUCCUGAUGAGUUAUUACAGACUAUGAUAAAAAGAACUCUAUCAGAAUAUAAUUGCCCACCUCAUGUGAUUGAUGAAUUAAUGGAAAAUUGUCAUGAAAGGAAAUGGCCUCCAGGAUUAAAUUCCCUUGAAACCAGACAGAAUUCUAGAAGACAAUAUGAUAAUUAUGUUUGUAAAAGAGUCCCUGGUAAACAAGCAGUGUUAGUUCUUUAUUGUGAUAAUACACAUAUGCCAGAAGAUAUGAUGGUUGAACCUGGAUUAGUGAUGAUUUUUGCACAUGGCAUAGAAUAAAAUUUUCUAUCAAUGUACCAUGCAUGCCAAGAUAUUUUGAUGUCCAUUUUUUUUGUUGUUUGUUAUAUUCAUCAUGAUUAACCUUGAAAAUGCAUGGAAUAUCUUAGUACUUAUAUGCAGAUAUUGGAAUAUUUGCAUAAUUUAUCUUGCAAUUAUUGCAGGAUAUCUUUUUAAAAGUAUUGAAAGAACAAAUGACAUGCCUCUUGUGAUAAACAAUUGUACAGACGCAAUUGCCACACACAAAAAACUAAUUGAAUGUCUGAAUCAUUACACUGUGAUAUACUAUUUCAUUGAGAAAUUCCUGAAAUUGCGUGAUAAAUAGUAACUAUUUUUUUUGCGUAAUUCCAUGUACAUUUUUAUAAAUCGAAUUUUUUGUUUAUCAUCUGAUAAACCAACUAUUUGUCGACUAUUUCAGGAAAUUUUUUACAUAUAGAAGUCUGUAAGUGUUUUAUUAUAAUGCUUUAGAAAAGUAAGAAAGAAAAAAUAUAGAAAUUAUCAAUAUGGUAAUUGCUACUAUUAAGAUUUGAAUGUGUUCUAAAAAAUAAGUAUCAAAUAUCAGAAUGAAGAAAAAUUUCUUCUUUUCCCAACAUUAUUUAUAUGAUUUUAAUAAAACACCUCAAAGUGCAUAUGAAAUAAACAUCCUAUACAACGAUUGUUUGAAUAAAUUAAUAUACUCUGAGCGAACAUAUAUAUCAUUUACAAUUUAUACAAGAUAAGAAUGCUAUUUUCACAAAAUAAUACAAAUAUUAGUUUAAACUAAUAACAUAUGAUAAAUGAAAUUAAUGAGCUUGAAUUUUUUUAAUAUCAUUUCUUUUGAAAUUAUAUAAAAAAAUAUGUAUAAAGAAUUAGUGUAGAACAUUCGAUCCUUUAGCUGUUUUUAAA